AUGAAGCGGCUUCUCAUCCUAAUUUCACUUUUGCUGGCCGACAGCCUGGCAAACGUUUCCGGAAACGGAGCCGCAUGGGAUCUGCCUUGUGAUGAUUACCACGAGAUCUCACGUUCCUCCCUCGAGCAGCCCAUCCAGUUCAAUCAGCUCACCCUGGCUGGUGGCCAUCGAAAGGACAAGUUGAGGCUAUAUGAGGCAAAAGGUUUAUACUACGAGUGGUACGCCUACCGGACUCGAAAAGUUGUCGGCACCGAGUUCGAGGUGGACGAGGUGCUCUCCCUUUUCCAGGACAACAAUUGCGCCUCGGUGCCAUGGGGCGAAACAGUCCGCGAGCUGGUCAUCCGCCACCAUCCGGAGGCCGAACCGAAUACGCUGACCUCAGAGGUGUUGUGCUCGUUAGAAUAUUUAUCUUCUCUCUGCAGUGAGCGCAUCGGAGCGGCGGCCUGUCGCCUCGUCAACGAUACGGAUUCGGCGGCUCGACUCCUCGUUGGAGAUCCUCUACAGUUGGACAAGAACCAAAAUGAAGCCUCCGUCAUGGAAUUCUAUGAAUGGGGCGCGUUGAGGGCGGAAAUGGCGUAUACCAGCGAUACACUCGGGUUGUACGAGGACCAGGACGGCAAAUUGGCGAUCGUCGACCCGACCGGCCGAGGUUUUCGCCACGUCUGCAAGCGCAUCAUCCAGCCGAUUUCGAACGACUGGGGAAAUUGGGAAAAGAUGGGGAUACCCGGGGAAGAACGCGUAUUUCGCUUCUUCCUCCUGCACGCCAUCGGCUUCGUCCAUCCAGAACGCGACAGCGAGUUCGAGCGGUUCAUCGUCGCCCAGAUGGCCGGCAAGAAGGUCGACCGGAAAGUGGUGCAGGCCGGUUACUGCCAACAAAUCCUCGAGGGCGCAUUUUCUUCCACGAUCGGCGGCCCUUCGACGUGUCAUACGGAGCCACUUGACAAUGACUUUAUGCGGAAUCGGAAAGCGAAGAUGUUCAAGGAGUCGGCGAAGCGGUUGUUGGGCCCGAACAGCUCGGGUUGGGAUCUGAUCGAGAAGGAUCUCGAGGAGAUGGAGCUCAUUUUUGUGUCGCGAAAAGUUGUGCAGCGACUCCGCUACAGUUCCCCAGCAGAUCUUAUCGCUGCCAAGAAUCGGGUGGCCAAUCCGGGCAAGACACUGGUUGUAGAUGGAAAGAAAAUCUUUGUGCAACCGAUCAAACAACACGGCGAUUCGCGGGAAUCCUUGAGCCACGAAAUCCCUUACGACAGCAUCGAGGACGGGAACUGGCUGGACGAGACGGGCAUCAUGGAGAUGGGCAUUGCGGGCCCUUGUUGGGAAUCAUUGCCCUUCUUCGCGAUAAGCUCUCUCGUUUUCUGGUUGUUU